GAGUGAAGACACGAGUUGUAGACCGGACUGGUCUUGUGGUUGUAUACACAUGUAUUGAGAGGUAGGAAAGACCAGAGAUUUGAAGCUGGGAUUGAACACAUUAUGGAAUCAUGAUAUCAGCAGAGGAUGAUGAAGAGUUAGAUGAGACUGUUGAACAUGAUGUCAGUGACACCACCUGGAGUUGGACCCGCCAGACCAUGAACUACGUGGGCCAGUUGGCAGGCCAGGUGUUUGUCCAGGUCAAAGAGUUGUACCGAGGCCUCAACCCUGCCACCCUCUCUGGCUGCAUUGACGUCAUCGUAGUGAGACAGCCCGAUGGCUCCCUGCAGUGCUCACCUUUCCAUGUUCGCUUCGGCAAAAUGGGGGUCCUCCGAUCCCGAGAGAAAGUGGUAGACAUGGAGAUCAAUGGAGAACCAGUUGCUUUACAUAUGAAACUCGGUGACAAUGGAGAGGCAUUCUUUGUCCAAGAAACAGAAAAUGAUCAGGAAGUUGUUCCCUCCUACCUGGCCACCUCUCCCAUCUUGUCAGAUGGAGCCAUCCUGAUGAGCUCAUCCCUGCUAGGGAAGAGCUCUGGGCCGCCCAUACAGACCCUGGGUUCCACGGGGAGUGCUGGAGAGAACGGCAGUGUGAUGAUGAAGAAGAGGAGGAAGAGGAGGAGGAAGGCGCGACUGGACAGCAUGCGGCGGGAGGAGAGCGGAGACUACUCUGAGGAAUGGAACGAAGACAUGUUCACUAUAGACAUCAGCUCAGAUGAAGGGACGGAGAUGCAGAGCAACAGGGCUUCGUCUUGGGAUGUCUUGAGAGACGAGGCAAUGGCUGUUUCGACCGGUGGUUCUUUCAAACAGACUGGCAUCUACACUCGUUCAGAUGGAGAGUGGAGUCCUAUCCAGAGCCCCGGGAACUCUCGUCCCACCUCUCCUAAGAGUGACUCUGAGCUUAUGAUGAAGCCAUCAGACACGGACAAUCAGAAUCCAACCAUGCACUGGGCAUGGGGAGAGCUGCCACAGGCUGCCACGCCAUCCUUCCUCCCGGUGAAAUCCAAGCCUCCACCAGUUUGUCCCGUAUCCAUCCCUGUAUCUGAAAGCACCCACUUCCGUGUGAUCACUCAUGAGACGACUGCAGAGCAGUGUGGACCCUACUCUGAAAUGUCAGCAGUCAGACUGCUCAUGCCGGAGCAAACAGCAACUACUGAGGAAACAGUUGUCACAGUCGGGAUGGAGUCAGAAUCUUCCAGGAUGGAAACCCAAGCUCAGGGUAAAACAGCAGGAGAUGUGGCAGCUCGUAUGACAUCAGACAUGGAGGAGGCAAUGACCUGUCCGCCAGGCAAGACGGACUCUCCAUCCAAAAGAAAAGACAAAAGGAGCCGCCAUCUUGGUGCUGAUGGGAUUUACCUGGAUGACAUCACAGAGCUCGAGCCUGAGGUGGCAGCCUUGUAUUUCCCUAAAAGUGAUACAGCGGUGAGGAGCAUCUCAGACCCGGGCCUCCACAGCACCAGUCUGUCCCCACAGUCGGUCAGCUCUGGAGGAGACAGUGGAGUGGACAGCUACUGCGACCUCAUGGGCGACUUGCCAUCCAUUGCCAUCUCUCUGUGCGGCGGCCUCACUGACAAUAGGGAGAUCACUAAAGAGCAGUUCCAGGAGAAGGUCAUCUUGUACCAGCAGUUUGUAGAGAACCCCUCCAUCAUCGACGACCCCAACUUAGUUGUGAAAAUUGGCUCCAAGUACUAUAAUUGGAGCUCUGCAGCUCCACUUAUGCUGGCUAUGCAGGCUUUUCAGAAACCGCUGCCAAAGGCUGCAGUGGAGAGCAUCAUGAAGGAGAAGAUGCCCAAGAAAGGAGGGAGGUGGUGGUUCUCAUGGAGAGGGAGGAACAGCAGUGCCAAAUCGGAUUCAGUCUCUGGGGCGUGUGGCUCUGCUGAACAACCUGGAAAAAUGUCAGGCAGACUGAAAGAAGAGUCGUCCUCUAGUGAUGAAGACCACGGGGCAGCCCAGCAGAGCUCUUCCGCCGUCCAAUCAGAGCCUGGGCUCACCAUAGGAGGCGUGUCUUAUAAGAAGACACUCCGACUCACAUCAGAGCAGCUGCUGUCUCUCCAGCUGCAGGAUGGUCCCAAUGAUGUUGUGUUCAGUGUGACCACUCAGUACCAGGGAACCUGUCGCUGUCAGGGAACCAUCUACCUCUGGAACUGGGACGACAAGAUAAUUAUCUCUGACAUAGAUGGAACCAUCACCAGGUCAGACACCUUGGGUCAUAUCCUGCCCACCCUGGGGAAAGACUGGACCCACCAGGGCAUUGCACAACUCUACCACAAAGUCAGCCAAAAUGGCUACAAGUUCCUGUACUGUUCAGCUCGCGCUAUCGGCAUGGCUGACAUGACCAGAGGUUACCUCCACUGGGUCAAUGAGAGAGGCACCAUGCUUCCUAUGGGCCCUGUGCUUCUGAGCCCUAGCAGCCUGUUUUCAGCUCUGCACAGGGAGGUGAUUGAAAAGAAGCCAGAGAAGUUCAAGGUGGAAUGUCUCACUGAUAUUAAGAACCUUUUCUACCCCAACACACAGCCUUUCUAUGCAGCGUUUGGCAACAGACCAACGGAUGUAUAUUCCUAUAAAGAAGUUGGAGUCCCAUUGAACCGGAUUUUUACAGUAAACCCCAAAGGCGAGCUGGUGCAGGAGCACGCCAAGACCAACAUCUCAUCUUACGUACGUCUGGGUGAGGUGGUGGACCACGUGUUUCCCCUGAAGGUUCGAGCCUCCUCCUCAGACUUCCCCUGCUCAGACACCUACAGCCACUUCACUUACUGGAGGGAGCAGCUCCCCCGAGUGGACCAUCAGGGAACUACACCUCCACAGACUCCCAGCCCCAGCAGCUGACUACCUGUGGCCUGCUGAGCAGAUCAUGACAGGCAGAGCACUGAUUGAAUGAUGGUGUGCCUGAGAUGUAGCAGUCAUUUAGACAGUAAUGGUUACAUAUGUGUGUGUGAUAUGAUGUAGAUUGUUUAGAGGAUGGAGCACUUUUAGUGCACAGAUGGGAGCUACAUCAGUAGGCUAAUCUGCUGUGAAUAGUUGUGUAACGCACAAGAUGGAUAUAAGCGCACUUUUAUUAAAAGAGGGCCGUUGUGGCCCUUCUGACUAGAUGUAUGUAUAUAUAUGAGAUAAUAGUUAUUUAUUCAGGCAGCUUAGUACAUGAUAUUUCAGUGACGUUGACCUUGUAGACUAUUUAUGCACAUAGCUGCAUACUGUAUUCAACAGAUACACCUAUGGCAUCUGUUCAGAAGUGCAUCAGACAGAACAACCAUAUUACAAGUCACUUAAACGUGUGCCAAAUACUCAAUGUAGAAUUUAUUUUCUUACUCUGACUUUUUUCAGUCCAAGACUGUUAUCCUUUAUAAAUUAUACAAUCAGCAUGGAAAUGCAAAUAUGUACAUGUAAGUAGUCCUACUUCAUAACAACAAGUGUGUGUGUGAAUUAGGGUUCAGUUGGAAAGAAAUCAAGUCAGUAUUAGUUAUAGUACACUCAAGUGUAUUACAUAGCACACUGCGUAUGAAUGAAUGUCAUGUAGUUUGAUAUUAAAAUGUGUCAAGAGCUUUUAUUGGCAAGUCCUGAUGAACGGCGAAUGUUAAGAGCUUAAAAUGAAUAUUUAUUAUUGAGAGAAAGUAAUGAGAACAAGAGGACAGAAUGCACAACAUUUUUCAAUCAUAUCCAUCAAUUUUCUCUAAAAAGUGUGAGCUAAGUUGCUGAAUCAUUUUUAUUUUUCUAACCAAAUCACACAGUGUUUGUGUGUUGUGAUGAGAAGUGUGUGUCAUUUCUGUGGUGGCCUUCAUAAAAUGUCUUUUAAUUUAUUCAAACAAUUACAGCUCAUACAGUUCAACACAUUGAUCAUCAUGUCUCUGUGACUGGCAUGUUUUUCUUUCUUUAAGAUUAUGCUUAUGUUGUAUUUAUUUCACCAAUAGCCUGAUUAGAAACUGACUGGUACACAAAUGUAGCUUAGCUUUGUGUUUUAUUAUGAAUGCAUUUGUUCUUUUACAGUAGCUUUACUGCCAUUCCCUCUGUAAAAACACUCAAAAUGAAAGUUAAAGUAUUCCUUAUAAUACCACAAAUAAUAUGAGGUCUGUAAUAUGGGGAAAACAUUCAGUAUAAGCUGCUAUAAUAGGGUCCUGGGGGUAUACUGUGAAUAUACCCACCUAUAUAGUCUCACCAAAGUAGGUGUGCAUAAGCCUAUAGUUUAUGAGAGAUUAUGUGUGUAUAUAAUGCUUUAAAUAUGGUAUUAUUCUUUCCAUGAAAGAGCUACAAUAGCCUGAAAUCUUUCUGUAUUUUUUGCCUUAACUGUGAACAUUAUGAUCAAUAAUUAGCUCAGUCACUCCCUCCACUCCCUGUUAUUGACCAGUUCACUGUUAAAUUGGUGUUAAUCAAACUCAAUAAACAUGCCUUGGUACA